GGUGGAUAUGAUAUAUACCCGUAUAAGCUUAGAAAACACUUUGCCACCAGUAAUUACGGCAAUUAUAAUUUUUGUAGGCUUACACAAUUUAAUUUAUUUAUCGUGGAAACCAUUCACGAUCACGAACAACAGUGAAUUAAAAAAAAGUUAAAUUUGUUAAUUAAAAAAAAUUUGUUCCGGCCUGUGAUAUUUAAACACUGACAAGGUCACGUCGGUCCAUAAAAAAACCCGUCGUCUUACCUUUUAAGAUACGGUUUGAUUUGAAUGAAAUUAUUGCCUCUAAAAAUAAACACCUAAACCUGUAAUGUAGACGAAAACUUCUUAAAACAAAGUAAGAUUAGAGUUUGUAAUCUCUGACUCUAUAGCAGUAUUAAUAUUCGCGAUAUAAAUUUUUUACAUAACGAUGUGACACAAUUUAAACACUACUGACUCGUCACAUUUGCUAGUAGUAGCCUUCGCUUUAGAUUACUGGUUUACGAAUACAACUGAUAAGUUGAUUAUGCUUAGUAAAUUUACAUUUUUUGCAAUUCGUCUUAGGGUACUUUAUUCCACUUCUGGCAUCGGCAACGCUUAUCUUACAUACUGUUUUUGUUAUAAGUCUCCUCCUAGGCUAUAUCGACAGAGAGUGACGAUGAAAUUUAAUUGGCUUCUUUUUCUAUUGGAUUAUGUAGUCCUAUAGACCGUCUAGUUUAGGAAAAGUGUUUGGCCUUCGCAGAACCCAUUUUACAGAAGCACGAAACUCAUUCUUUGCCACUUGAACAAAAGUUUAAAAUGUGUUAUCGUAAAAAACAUAUGAUUAGAAAUCUAUGUAAACGACAUUAGAUAAACGGAAUAAUUUAAAAUAAUGACUUCCGUUAUCUAUGACAUCGUCGGCGAUUUUUAUCAAUCGUAAUCUUUAUCGUCUUUCUAUUUGAUUGUUCUAAACUUAGAUAAGUGAAGAUUGAGUAUUCCUCGUUUAUUCAUUUGUCAAUUGUAAGACUACGCGACGGGGCGCUAUUUUAUUUACAAACGCUUACGAGCGAAGACCUAUGCAGUAGUUACCAUUCACUUGGCGCGAACUCCCGUCCCGACAUUGAAAAUGGUGAGAUUUUGCGACAACCGCCGCCGGUUUUGGGUGCUAGGCAGCGUGUUGUCGGUCGUGUUGAUAGGCGCGCUGAUCGCAGUGCUGGUGCUACAGCCGUGGACCGGUUCACAGCACGUGCGUUAUCAGCGCGCCGCCGUCGCUGCUAAUGGGCACGAGUGCGCCACCGUCGGGAGGGAGAUACUUGAAAAGAAUGGCUCGGCUGUCGAUGCUGCGAUAGCGACGUUGUUCUGUGAGGGGAUAUCUUGCGCGCAAUGCAUGGGACUCGGGGGCGGGUUCCUAGCGACCGUGUACGACGCGAGCACGGGACGGGUGAGGGUACUCAACGCCAGAGAACGAGCUCCCGCCGCCAUGACCCUGAACAUGUACGAGAACGCAUCGUCGACCGUGGGCGGGCUUGCGAUCGCCGUACCCGGAGAGCUACGAGGCUACGGCGCACUGUACCAGGAGUACGGACGCUUGCCGUGGCGAGAGCUAGUGCAACCAACAGCAGAAUUGUGCCGUCGUGGACACCGCGUCACCGAAUACAUGGGCAGAGUAUUACAAACCUUCAGCGACCGAAUCAUGGCGGAACCGUCUAUGAGGGAACUUUAUGUCAACAAGGCGACAGGCAAAGUGUGGAACGUGGGCGACUACAUAACAGAUCCCACUUUUGCCAAAACUUUAGAAAUUAUAGCGGAGGAGGGCCCCGAGGCGAUUCACGACGGCUCACUAACGGCGCGACUCGUACAAGACAUACAGAACUUCGGCGGUAUUAUUACCGAAGACGACCUACGGAACUACAGGGUAGAAUGGCAAGAACCUAUCGCAAUACCGUUGACGGAGCAACACACGCUAUAUUCGGUGCCCCUGCCCGGCUCGGGCUCAGUGCUAGCGUUUAUACUGAACAUGCUACGCGGAUGGAUCGGCGUCGAGACCGUGGCUCCCGUAGGCUCCGACCUAUACUGGCAUCGCAUCGUGGAAACCUUCAAAUACGCGUACGCGAAGCGAACAGGCCUCGGGGACCCUUCACGUCACAACCUUAACCAAAGUAUUCUUGAGUUAGAGCAAAACCUUGCAAAUGCUGAGUGGGCUGCCUCGUAUAGAGGGCGCGUGGACGACACCCGCACAUACAAUGAUUGGAAACACUAUGAGGCUGUGUUCGAGGGAGCAGACGAUCACGGAACAGCGCACGUCAUCGUUGUGGCGCCCGACGGAAGCGUGGUCUCUGCAACCAGCACUAUCAACUUUAUAUGGGGCUCGCAAAGAAGGUCUCAAAGUUUAGGCUUCAUACUCAACAAUGAGAUGGAUGAUUUCGCCAUUCCGAAUCGAGACUCGUCAUAUGGACUUCCCCCUUCGCCGGCCAACAUGCUAGCUCCUGGACUACAGCCUCUCAGUUCAAUGGUGCCCAGUGUUGUUGUGUCAAAGAGCGGAGCUGCAGAUUUAGUUUUGGGUGCAGCCGGUGGCACUAAAAUUACAACUCAAGUCGCAUUGAUGGCGACACACAUCAUAGUCGAGGGCCACGACCUCCCGGAUGUGAUUCGGCGACCUCGAUUACAUCAUCAACUGUUGCCGAUGGAAAUUCAACACGAAGCUAAUUUCGAUUCAGACGUAAUAGCAUCAUUGCGUAGCAAAGGACAUGCAACAACUGAACUGGGACCCACGGCGGGUUUCGCUGCAAUGGUGGCCAUACACCGUGAUCGCUCGGGAUAUUUGGUCCCGGCCACAGAUCACAGAAGAAUCGGUAGCGUUGACGGAUUUUAAAGAAAUCUUCAAUACCAUGAGUGUUCUUUUUCUAGCAUUAAUUAAUGUGAAAGUUACAGUUCGCCAUAUUUAGUAAGCCUUAAAGGAAACUUGGACCUAUUUUACAGCGAUGGCGACCAUAAAAUAUGAAAUACGUGAAUUUGAUCUCAUCAACAAUCUGAAACAACAGCGUUGUUUGUUUGAAUUUCAAAUAAUCUUAAUGAAAUAAAAAAAAAACAUAAUACCAAAAAGAA